AUGUCGGCGUGGGAGCAUCCAGCCGUCGCGCUCGAGAUCACGCGCCGCAUUGCGUCGCUGGUCGACGUCGCGAGCUUUCUGCGCGCACUGCCGAGACGCGCCCUCGACGAUGCUCUCGUGGCACUCCUCGAGCUCAUCGCCCUUUUGCCCACAGCCUUCCACCACGCGCUGUGGCCCGAGGUCCGUCUCUUGUAUGUGCCCACGGAAUCGUAUCCCGUGCUGCAGCGAGCACUGCCAGCCUUCAAUGCAAUCCGCCUCACGCAGUCGUGCGACACCUGCAGCUUGCGCUUGCCCUCCACUGUGUCGGUCGUCGUCGAAAACCUGAGUCGCUC